CGAGUCCCCGCCCUCCAUCCCCCCCACCCCCACCUCCGGCACUCUGGAUAUGUUUUCUCCCAGAUCUGGAUAUUUUUUUGAUAUCGUGAAGCUACGAGGGAAAUAAUUGCAGGCAUUUCUUCAGGGCUCCCUGCUUCUCUCCUCCCUCUGCCCCCCCCACGGACAUGCCUUCAGUUUGGGGAGCCGAGGCACCCUGUCCUAGGCGAAUGAAGACCCCCAGCCACGAGGGAGCGAAAUGAAGGGAAAUUCUGCAGUGGAAUGAGAGCUUUCCAGCUAGGUCCUCGCAUCUGCCAUUUGUCCUUUCAAACUGCAUUGUAAUCCGGGCAGGAUAAACCAGACGGAGAGACGAGCAGCCUCCUGGCCGGCUUUCUCCGCCCGAAUUUACUUUCCACAUUUCUUUUCUUUGCCUUUCUGCUUCUUGGCUGGCCCAGGUAUGACUUCCUCGCUGCAGCGACCUUGUCGGGUGCCCUGGCUGCUAUGGACCGCCCUGCUGGUCAGCACUACGGCUGCUUCCCAGAAUCAAGAACGGCUGUGUGCGUUUAAAGAUCCCUAUCAACAAGACCUUGGGAUAGGUGAGAGCAGAAUCUCUCAUGAAAACGGGACGAUAUUGUGCUCCAAAGGGAGCACGUGCUAUGGCCUGUGGGAGAAAUCCAAAGGGGACAUCAAUCUUGUGAAACAAGGAUGUUGGUCUCACAUUGGGGAUCCCCAAGAGUGUCACUAUGAAGAAUGUGUUGUAACUACCACCCCACCCUCUAUUCAGAAUGGAACAUACCGCUUUUGCUGCUGUAGUACAGAUUUAUGUAAUGUCAACUUUACUGAGAAUUUUCCACCUCCUGAUACAACACCACUCAGUCCACCUCACUCAUUUAAUCGAGACGAGACGAUAAUCAUUGCUUUGGCAUCAGUCUCUGUAUUAGCUGUUUUGAUAGUCGCCUUAUGUUUUGGAUACAGACUAUUGACAGGAGACCGGAAGCAGGGUCUUCACAGCAUGAACAUGAUGGAGGCCGCAGCCUCAGAGCCGUCUCUGGACCUGGAUAACCUGAAGCUCCUGGAGCUGAUUGGACGGGGUCGAUAUGGAGCAGUGUAUAAAGGUUCCUUGGAUGAGCGUCCAGUUGCUGUAAAAGUAUUUUCUUUUGCAAACCGUCAGAAUUUUAUAAAUGAAAAAAACAUUUACAGAGUGCCUUUGAUGGAGCAUGACAACAUUGCUCGCUUUAUAGUUGGAGAUGAGAGACUCACUGCAGAUGGACGCAUGGAGUAUUUGCUGGUGAUGGAGUAUUAUCCCAACGGAUCUCUAUGCAAAUAUUUGAGUCUCCAUACAAGUGACUGGGUAAGCUCUUGCCGGUUGGCUCAUUCUGUGACUAGAGGAUUGGCUUAUCUGCACACAGAAUUACCACGAGGAGAUCAUUAUAAACCUGCAAUUUCCCAUCGAGAUUUAAACAGCAGAAAUGUCCUGGUAAAAAACGAUGGCACGUGUGUCAUCAGCGACUUCGGUUUGUCCAUGAGGCUAACUGGAAACAGACUGGUGCGCCCAGGGGAAGAGGAUAAUGCAGCUAUAAGCGAGGUUGGCACAAUUCGCUAUAUGGCGCCAGAAGUGCUGGAAGGAGCUGUGAACCUGAGGGACUGUGAGUCCGCGCUGAAGCAGGUAGACAUGUAUGCGCUGGGGCUGAUCUACUGGGAGGUGUUCAUGAGAUGUACAGACCUCUUCCCUGGUGAAUCUGUACCAGAAUACCAGAUGGCUUUCCAGACAGAAGUUGGCAACCAUCCCACUUUUGAGGACAUGCAGGUUCUUGUGUCGAGAGAAAAACAGAGACCCAAAUUCCCAGAAGCCUGGAAAGAAAACAGCCUGGCGGUGAGAUCACUCAAGGAAACGAUCGAAGACUGCUGGGACCAGGACGCAGAGGCUCGGCUCACGGCGCAGUGUGCUGAGGAGAGAAUGGCUGAGCUUAUGAUGAUAUGGGAGAGAAACAAGUCUGUGAGCCCAACGGUCAACCCCAUGUCUACUGCCAUGCAGAAUGAACGCAACCUGUCACAUAAUAGGCGUGUGCCAAAAAUUGGGCCUUAUCCGGAUUAUUCUUCUUCCUCGUAUAUUGAAGACUCCAUACACCACACUGACAGCAUUGUGAAAAAUAUUUCCUCUGAGCAUUCGAUGUCCAGCAGCACGCCUUUGACUGUAGGAGAAAAGAACCGAAACUCAAUUAAUUACGAACGGCAGCAAGCACAAGCUCGGAUCCCCAGCCCUGAAACAAGCGUCACCAGCCUGUCCACAAACACAACCACCACAAACACCACGGGCCUCACUCCGAGUACUGGCAUGACCACCAUCUCUGAGAUGCCGUACCCAGAUGAAACCAAUCUGCAUGCCAUGAAUGUUACGCAGCCGAUUGGGCCAACCCCUGUCUGUUUGCAGCUGACGGAAGAAGACCUGGAGACCAAUAAGCUAGACCCAAAAGAAGUUGAUAAGAACCUCAAGGAAAGCUCCGACGAGAACCUCAUGGAACACUCUCUCAAGCAGUUCAGUGGGCCAGACCCCUUGAGCAGUACCAGUUCCAGCCUGCUUUAUCCACUCAUAAAGCUCGCAGUGGAAGGAACUGGGCAGCAGGACUUCACACAGGCUGCAAACGGCCAGGCCUGCUUAAUUCCUGAUGUUCCGCCCGCUCAGCUCUAUCCUCUCCCUAAGCAACAGAACCUGCCUAAGAGACCCACUAGUUUGCCUUUGAACACCAAAAAUUCAACAAAAGAACCCCGGCUAAAAUUUGGCAACAAGCACAAAUCAAACUUGAAACAGGUAGAAACUGGAGUUGCCAAGAUGAAUACAGUCAAUGCCGCAGAGCCUCACGUGGUGACGGUGACUAUGAAUGGCGUGGCAGGGAGAAGCCACACUGUUAAUUCCCAUGUCGCCACAACCCAGUAUGCCAACGGGACGGUGCCGUCUGGCCAGGCGGCCAACAUAGUGGCACAGAGGGCUCAAGACAUGCUGCAGAAUCAGUUUAUUGGCGAGGAUACCCGGCUGAAUAUUAAUUCCAGUCCUGAUGAGCAUGAACCUUUACUGAGACGAGAGCAGCAAGCUGGCCAUGAUGAAGGGGUUCUGGACCGUUUGGUAGACAGGCGGGAACGGCCCCUCGAAGGGAGCCGAACUAAUUCCAAUAACAACAACAGCAAUCCGUGCUCAGAACAAGAUGGACUUCCACAGGGUGUUACAAGCACAGUUGCAGGUCCUGGGCCAUCGAAGCCCAGAAGAGCACAGAGGCCCAGUUCUCUGGAUCUUUCAGCCACAAAUAUCCUGGAUGGCAGCAGUAUACAGAGUGAGUCCACACAGGAUGGCAAAUCAGGAUCAGGGGAAAAGAUCAAGAAACGCGUGAAAACUCCAUACUCCCUUAAGCGGUGGCGCCCCUCCACGUGGGUCAUCUCCACUGAACCCCUGGACUGUGAGGUCAACAACAAUGGGAGUGACCGAGCAGUCCAUUCUAAAUCUAGCACUGCUGUGUACCUCGCAGAAGGAGGCACUGCCACCACCAUGGUGUCUAAGGAUAUAGGGAUGGAUUGUCUGUGAGAUGUUUCCAAUCUUAUGGAGUGAAAUUAUUUUUUUUGCAUCAUUUAAACAUGCAGAAGACAUUUAAAAAACAAACUGCUUUACCCCCCUGUCAGCACCCUUCCCACCCUACACCAGGACUUGCUUUAAAUAGAUUUCAGCUAUGCAGAAAAUGUUAGCUCAUGCUUCCAUAUUUUUUAAUUUUGUUUUUUAAGUUUUGCACUUUUGUUUAGUCUUGCUAAAGUUAUAUUUGUCUGUUAUGACCACAUUAUGUGUGUGCUUAUCAAAAGUGGUCUCAAAAUAUUUUUUUAAGAAAAAAAAAACAAAACCAGUGUAUUGCUGAUAAUCAGUUUGGACCAUUUCUAAAGGUCACUAAAGCAGAAGCAGGAGACGGGCCCGACUGCAGUGGUGUCCCGGGCACAAGCUCGUUCAUGUGUCGUCUGUUGGACAUUCUUCUCUCUUGUUUUAUUUGAAUGUGCAAUAGUCUUCAGACCACAGAGAAGCUUUCUUACCAGCUCUCCCCUAGCAGGGCACACAUUCUUCCAUUGUUGAAACUUGUCCCCCAUUCUUCGAUAAGAUGAACAUUUUCUGGCUUCCUCCUUAGGGAGAAUGCAUAGAUACUGUUCCAAGGGCUCCAAAAAGGACUCACCAAGACCUUUCUUGAAAUGCCUUUGUCUUUUAGCCUUCCAAAUACUAAGUGUUUCCUUCCAGGCAUUUUAAUAGGCAUAUUUGGUUCUGAUUUUGGAAAUUCAUAAGAGAGCAUAGAACAAAAUAGAAGAAAGCAAACACUAGCCGUUUCCAUUUUAUUUUUUCUAUGUAUGUUCAUGUUCCAUAUUCGUUUAUUUAAUAAAUACUUUCUAUCAGAAAAUUUAUAGAGCUAAAGUUAUGUGGAAUUUUUAAGUAAGUAGAUGGGCAAGGCGAUGUAGUGUAGGAACUUUGGUUUUUCUGACCAUCACAAAUUAAAUUACAUUUCCUAUUUAUAACCUCAGAAAAACUCAUAGUUUCGAAUUUAUAAUAUCUUUUAUUGUUUCCCAGCAAAGCGUGACAGCUUUAUGUGAAAACGAUUCUUCUUCCCAUGACCUAAAACACUGUGUGGAAAGCUCAGUCAGCCAGCAUGCCCAGUCCCGUGGAAGAAGGGCUUGCUGCCAGACUUAGGACUAUUGAGACAGCUAACAUUUGCCCUCUUUCUUUCGCUAACUUUCUUUGCUAAUCCUGUUUUCAUGAUUUCUCCCUUUGCCAAUUUCACAUGAUCUUCGACUUUGAGCAGCGUCUAUUACUCGUGUUGUGGCAGAGCCUGCCUUCUGGUGACGCGCUCUCUCCCCGCUUCUCCUUUUGUCACGAGUGAUCCGUAAACCAGGCUCUGUCUUUUAAUAAAGCACUUUCUGUCAGAUAUGGAUUUUCCCUAAACAUCUUUCCCGCCAGUUUGCAAACAAAUGGUUCUCAUGUUUUCAGAUGCUCAAAAUCCUUAUUAUGCAUUAUCUGAUUAAGUUUUAAUUUUUUACAGGGGGAGGUAGAAAAGUUAAGUGUAAGUCUCCAAAUUCCUGAUCUCAGUUCUCGUGUCCUGAACACCAUUUUCUCAUUUGAAACCCUCUGCCCUCACGAUUUAACUAAAGACGGCCCCUUUCCCAGCACACUGUCCACAGCACUUGUGACUUCUUUGACUUGCCAUCUGCUGCGCUGCUUUGAUGUGACAACAUUUAAAACAUUUAUUCAGCCGGGCUGCUGACUGGAGUCUCAGUCCUUAGAUUAAGAUGGUCUUAUUCUCCCGGGACCCUUUCUCCCCUUUGUGCUUUCUUGGCCCCUCUUCUGGGUCAGAUUUGUCUUGUUUUGUUUUGGGUUGGGUUUUUUUCGUGACAGAGCUUCUCUGUGUAGCUCUGGUUGUCCUGGAACUCACUCUGUAGACCAGGCUGGCUUUGAACUCAGAUUCUUAAAAUAAAUUUUGUCUUCUGACAU